AUGCCGUCCCCAGCCUUAGCCGGUCAAAUUGACCCAUCCCAAUUCGACUCCAUCCCCGACACAAUCCAAGCCUUCCGAGAUGGCGAAUUCGUAGUAGUCCUCGACGACCCCUCCCGGGAAAACGAAGCCGACCUGAUCAUCGCAGCCGAGGGAAUCACGACGCAACAGAUGGCCUUCCUGGUGCGGCACUCAUCGGGCCUGAUCUGCGCGCCGCUGCUGCCGCAGCGCACCGUCGAGCUGGACCUGCCGCAGAUGGUGACGCACAACCAGGACCCCAAGACGACCGCCUACACGGUCAGCGUCGACGCGGCCGACCCCAGCGUGACGACGGGCAUCAGCGCCCAGGAUCGCGCGUUGGCGUGCCGCGUGCUGGCCGACGAGCGCGCGACCCCGGCGAGCCUCCGCCGCCCGGGCCACGUGUUCCCGCUGCGGGCGAAGCCCGGCGGUGUGAGGCAGCGCCGGGGGCAUACCGAGGCUGCGAUUGACCUGUGCCGGUUGGCGGGGAAGAAGCCCGUGGCGGUAAUCAGCGAGCUGGUGGAUGAUGGGGCAGAGGUGCCUGGCCAGGCCCUAAGGGAGGAGCCCGGGAUGCUGAGGGGGGAGGCAUGCGUGGCCUUUGCAAAGAAGUGGGGUCUGAAGGUGUGCACAAUCGCGGAUCUGGUGGACUAUUUGGAGAAGACAGAAGGGAAGCUUCAGAUUAAUGGCGAUUGA